AAUCUACCAACACGGGUAAACAAUUCAGUCAUAUCCUAUUCGUUCAGUACAAGGAAUAGUCAAAGUAUAUGUACCCAGCCUUAACCAAGUAUCCUGCCCUCGAAACCUCUCGGGAGCAUUCCUCAGUAAGCACUACAUCCACCAAUCACACAACCUCUCCUCACGCCAUUCCCCUUCUGUCACGGACCUCAGGGAGCAUUUGCUCCGACAAGUUGUUUAAACGGAUGACGUUCUCCAACGUUCCCCAUGUUCUUCGACAUCUUUUCACCCGUUCCGAGGCUGAGACCCACUCUUAACAUAACCGAAAUCCACAGCAUCGAGCACUCAAGAAGCAUGUUCGCAUGGCAAAAGAGGGGUACCUGGGGUGAUGAGAGGGGAACUCCAGAACAGUGAUGCAGUGGUGCGAGAGCUGGGUAAGGAUAUAUAAGCUGGGGGUAUAGAAUGUCUUUCUCGAACUCUUCUCCUACUUUCCUUGAAGCUGGAGUUGCAGACAUGGCUCGAUCAAUCCCAAUCUUCAGUCUGCUCCUCGUCCUUGCGACUUCUACCAAGGCUCAGAGUAAUGGCACAUCACUCUCCUUCGCCGUGCCAACCGGCUACACUACAUCGACAUACAAUGCCUCAGCACAACCUACGCCUUACACCCGCACGGAUUUCUCCCCAAACGCACUCGCUUCGCUCUGGGACCUUGUAGGCCCUGUGUCCACCGGGCCGGUGACAAGUACUGUCUCUCCGACCCCAGAACCCACCGCGUACCCACAACCCAAUGAACAGUACUACCAUGGACUUGUUGGAUCCAACUACCCAGAGGCUAAAGACUUGAAAUUGCCAGCAGGAUUCAAGUGGGGAUUCAGUUCGUCCGCGUACCAGAUUGAGGGUGCGGCUGAUGCUGAGGGCAAAGGGCCAUCCGUGUGGGAUCUGCUUGCUCAUCGAGUGCCGGGCUUCGUGGCAGACGAAUCGACGGGGGAUGUAGUUGCCAGCCACUACUGGCUGUACAAGCAAGACUUUGCAAGGUUGAAGAGUUUGGGUGUGCCAGCAUUCAGCCCGAGUUUCUCCUGGCCCCGCUUCUUCCCCUUUGGAUCUGGCCCCGUAAACGAAGACGCCGUAUCCCACUACGACGACGUAAUCACAGAAAUGCACACCCAAGGAAUCCGCCCCGCAGUAACGCUCUUCCACUGGGACACACCGCUCGCCCUCUUCAACGAAUACGGCGCAUGGACCGACCGCCGCAUCAUCGACGACUACUUCAACUACGCCAAAUUCGUCAUCUCGCGCUACGACGCCUACGUCGACGAGUGGUUCACCAUCAACGAGCCCCAGUACUGCAACUGGCAGUACGCGUCCUACCCCGCGGGGCAAUAUUACGCCGCCCCCAACGGCAUAACAGGAGGCACAAAGGCGCGAUUCUUAUGCGGCCACCACACGCUCCUCGCGCACGCCAAGGUCGCGAAAUGGUACCACGAAGACUUCAAAGGCCGCGGCCGCAUCACCUUCAAGAACAGCGGAAACUACUACGAGGCCAACAGCACCGCGCCCGGCGACGAGAUCGCACGGCAGCGAAACUUCGAUUUCAGCAUCGGGUGGUUCGGCGGCCCGUGGACGACGGGGGAUUACCCGCAGUCGCUCAAGGACACGCUGGGCGACCUUCUGCCCGCCUUCACACAGGCGGAAAAGGACUUGAUAAAGGGCAGCUGCGACUUCUACGCCAUCGACCCAUACUCCUCCUUCCUCGCCUACGAAAUCGACGGCGGCCUGGACGCCUGCACGUCGAACCGCAGCCACCCUGCGUUCCCAGACUGCGCAGGCUCAACCAGCGUCUCCGCAUCAAACUUCCCCAUCGGCCCCGCCGCCGACCCCGCAAUGUCCUGGCUCUACUCCGCGCCCUCAGGAAUCCGCCGCUUCCUCCAACACAUCACGACCGUCCUGUUCCCCGCGAUCCCGGACAUCGUCGUCACGGAAUUCGGCUUCUCGGAGCCGUUUGAAGGCGAGUGGACGAGUCUGUCCCCCGCGCUGUGGGAUCUGCGCCGCGCGGACUACUUCCAGCAGUAUCUUGACAACAUUUUGUUGGCGAUUCAUGAGGACAAGGUCAAUGUGACGGGGGCGUGGGGAUGGGCGGUUUUCGAUAACUUUGAGUGGAGUUUGGGGACGGCGGUUAGGUUUGGGGUGCAGUAUGUUAAUUAUACGAGUCUGGAGAGGACGCCGAAGGCGAGCGCGUUUCAGUUUUUGAAUUGGUUUAAGGAGCAUGAGGGGGGGAAUGCGACGAUGCGGGUGUGAGGUUUUAGGGGGUAGAUGGAUGGACGGAUGGGUUGGUUAGGGGUGCGGAUGGGGAAUGUACAUCCGUAAGCGUCCAGCAGCAUCAUGGAUUGAACGUGGAGGAAACGAUAAAGUCGAGCUCAAUUUUGGAUAUGUUGAGACAAAAUCUGGCUUGCAGAUGUAGAAGUAACAGCUACAUGCAUAUCCCCCUAUUUGUUGUGGACACCUG